AUGGGAGUUCAAGGGCUAUGGAAGUUGCUAGAAAGUACGGGUCAGACAGUACCUCUGGAGUCGAUGUCUCACAGGAUACUUGCUGUGGAUAUCAGCAUUUGGCUCAAUCAGAUCAUCAAGGCGAUGCGUGAUGCUGAAGGUAAUAGGCUUGCAAACGCCCACAUUAUAGCAGUUUAUCACCGGAUCUGUAAACUCCUUUUCUAUCACGUCAAACCAAUCAUUGUCUUCGACGGAAUGGUGCCAGAUAUCAAGCGACGCACGUGCGCUAAGCGUAAAGCACUCAAGAACCGCGCCACUGAGGUGGCUAUGUCACAGAAGGACGAGAAAGUCAAGCUUAGUCUACAGAAGCUAGCUGUAGCUCAUGUCAUGGGGAAGGAAGUGGAGCUCCCACAGCCGAUAGAAAACAGGAGCACAGCGGACAAAAAUGAUAUGUUUUAUUUGGACCCUCAGAAAACUGACAACUUGUUUCAGAAGUUUGAUAGUGAACUCGACGAGCUCCAGCAGGUCCCUCUAAGCCAGCCUCUCAUAAAUUAUCAAUCCAAGAAAAUUGAUCCGUUUUCUAAAGAAUUCCAAUCCUUGCCUGCACAUAUUCAACACGAACUCUUGAUAGAGCACAUCGACUAUAUAAAAGAGAGAGCAAAAGUGCUGUCAUAUGAUCAAAACACAUCAUCUGAUAGCUUCUCUCAAAGCCAAAUUGAAAAUGUAGUGGCAAAGAACACACUCAACACAAGGCUCGUUGAGUUGAGAAAGUUACUGAAAGAAAACAGUGGGUCACAGGAGGAAAAUGGCCACACCGUCCAAGUUUUUAAAACUGGUCAGAAUUCUGAAAUUGUGUUUACCAAGCAAAUCAAUAAUACUGAUUAUGAUAUUGUAGAUACGAGACGUCAGAGGAGGGUGAAGAAAGAAGUGAUCGUGAAAAAAGUUGAUAUUCCGGAACCUGUGAUAGAAGAGCCAGAACCACAGAAAUCUGAUGAAUUGAAAAAUUUGUUCUUUGGAUCAGAUUCCGAGGAUGAUAAAGUUGAGGAAGAAGAACCUGAAUCUGAAUCUGAUGAUGAUAGAGAAGUGAAGAAUGUGCUGGGUUUGAGUCGAGGGCAUCCAGGUACUUUCCGGAACCCAUACGCGAACAAGAUGAAAAAGACUACCGUGGAAAGUAGCGGUCUUCAGCUUAAGAUGGGUAACGCUGACUACUGUGAUGUGUCUUCCAGUUCAGAGUCAGAAUUUGAGGAGGUUCAAGAAUUGGAAAAGCCCGGAAGCAAAUCAGAUUUAAAUGGAGACAGCACAGUGGAAGAUGCUCCAUCGUUAGCCAUCGAUCAAGUUUAUGUUAUUGAUGCAGAUGAUGUUGUUGAUCUUCCGACUAAAACCCCGAAAGCAGAUGCUAUCGGAGAUCAGAAUUUGAUAGCCUCGGAUUAUAAUCCUCUCGAGGGAACUAUAGAUUCAGUUGUGGGGUUGAAAACUAACCCACCACUACCUCAGAUUAAAGAAUCAAUUGAUAACAUUCAGCAAAGUAUUACAGCUCAAGUUGUGAAUGCUCCAACUAAAAUAAUUGAUGUUCCUGACCAAAUCAGUAUCCCAGAGACCCAUACCUUCUUGCAAGAUAAAACAGGAGACAGUGUUUCUGAUGAAAGUGUUCCUCUGAAGUCUGUCAAUGACACUGAUAACUUACCAAAUAUCCAUGAUAUAAACAAGAGUAGGAAUGGUGAUCAUGAAGUCGUGGACUUGGAAACAUUACAGGAUGACAUAAACGAAGAGCUAGAAGCAGUCAAAGCAAAACAUCGGAAAGCUAUGUCAGUCGGUGAUACCGUCAACAAGGGUAUUGUUACAGAUGUUAAAGAACUUCUCAAAAUAUUUGGAAUUCCAUUCCUGGAUGCUCCAGGCGAGGCUGAGGCCCAGUGUGCGGAAUUGUGUAACCUGGGAAUCUGUGACGGAGUCAUCACUGACGAUUCUGAUAUUUUCUUGUUUGGAAAUGUUCGCGUGUACAAGGACGUGUUCAAGAAAGACCGUGACAUGCGUUGUUUCACAUCCGAUGAAGUAAAGGAAGGCCUAGGUCUCAACAGACGGGCACUAAUCGACAUAGCCCAGUUCGUUGGAAGUGACUACUGUACUGGAGUGCGGGGUAUCGGGUGUGUCCUGGCUUUAGAGAUAAUUUCCAAGUAUCAAACACUGGAAGAAUUUGUGGAGUUACCGGAGCUGGAGGUCGAGAACAAGUUCAAGAAGUUCGAUUUGUCGAGUAUUCCCAAUGUUGCAGCUGUUGAUGCUUACCUUCACCCAAAGGUGAACAGCUCAAACGAGAAGUUUAGCUGGGACGAAAUUGACGUUUGUCUGAUAAAAGAUUUUCUGUUCAAAAAGCUAGGCUGGAGAGGCACUAAAGUAGAUGAAACGUUAAAACCGGUGCUGGAAUCUUUGAGCAGCAAAACCAAACAAAAAUCAAUCACCAAUUUUUUCGGUUUAUCACAACCAAAAGCCCCCAUUGGCAAGAGAGUUCAGAAUGCCGUUGGUGGAAUUAGAGGUGGACGUCCUAAACCAAAAACUAGGAAACGGAAACCUGCUCCUAAAAACUCGGGAAAAUCAAAGGCAAAAAAGACAAAGUUUGUGUGUAGUGAGGAUUCAGAUUCGGAUUUUUGAGGUACAAAAUUCGAAUCUGUAUAAUUUUGUUGUUUUAUUUCAGAGUAGAAUAUUUUUUAGAGUUGACGUGAAUAAUAUUUUUGCAUUUUAUUGAAUAUGGUGAGAUUUUCUUAAGAUUGGCACUCUUUUUUCCUUUUUUCAGUACAGGUUUUCCGACUUAAUGUGUAUUUAUAGAUUAAUUGCUGUCCCUAUUUAUUAUAUAAUUUC